AUCCUCCUACCUAGCAUACAGCCAGAUCUCCCAGGUUUCCACAGCCCCACCAUUCUUUUUCUUGCUUUUUUGUUUUCUCUAACCCCGAGAAAUAGCUUUACCCUUUAUUCAUCACACACUCUUCAACACCCUCUAAAAGAGGCAGACUCAGACCACCGUCUACUCCACACCAUCUUUUCUCUCUAACACCAAUGUCCCUAAACAACAUAACUUUCCUCUUGUUACUGGCUCUCUUUCCUCUUCUCCUUCCGGGUUUGCCCAACCCGGACACGGCGACAAUUCAACCAUUUAAACCGAACCCAUCACCACCAGCAAUAAUCCCUGCAUUCCCUGAACAAUCCAACCUUGCUGGUUGCCCAUUAGACCUUCCCAAUGAGCUCUUUCAUGGCAUUAAUUCAGCCUGUGGCAGUGGCUCCUCUGCAACUGGGCACCUCCACAGGACUCGUUGCUGUCCUGUUCUUGCAGCUUGGCUUUACUCUGCUUACUCUGCCACCGCGCUUAGCAGAGCUAACAAAGUAAUCCCAGCUACAGAUACAGGUCGUUCACCAUCGUAUGACAUGCCUUUGCUUCCUGAUGAUUCUGAGACUUGUGUUGAUGGCCUCUCAAAAGGGUUGAAAGAGAAAGGCAUAGAAUUGUUUAAGCCUAAUGAGACUUGUGAUGUUGUGUAUUGUUAUUGUGGUAUCAGACUGCAUCCUUUGAGUUGUCCUGAAGCUUUUUCUUUGAACCAAAAUGGAAAGCUUGUUGGUGACAAGAGAGUUGAGAAAUUAGAAAGAAAUUGCUUGAGUGAUAGCAAUAAUGUGAAUGGAUUUCCUGGUCUCGGUGGCUGCUCUAAGUGCUUAAACAGUCUUUAUCUGCUUAACAACAAGAAGGCUUUAAAUUCAAGCAAAUCAGAGGAUAGGACCACAAAAAUGCACAACAAGGAUUGCCAGCUGAUGGGUCUCACAUGGCUACUUGCGAAGAAUCGCACGGCUUACAUCCACACAGUUACUGCAGUCCUACGAGCUAUGAUGAUGAGCAUAGACGGUUCUGAUCCAAGGUCGUGCACCCUUAGCAGUGAUGGAAUGCCUCUACCCGUUGAUUCUUCCGAAAUCUCCAACAAUUCUUUCUCAAUCUCCCAUCAAGCUCCCAUCUACGUAACCAUUGCUGUAAUUUGCUUGUUAAGUCUUCUACAUCUUGUACCAUCCGCCAUUUUUUAGACAACUGCAUAGCUUCUUCAGCUUAGUGAAUCUGUAGCUGUGACAUAGUAUGAUGUGUUGAUCUCUGCUGUUUUUGUGUUAUGCAAUGCCCUUAAGCGCUGUUUUGUUGUUCGUGA